GAGAGAGGAGACGCGAGCCAAUCGCAGCCCGUGACCUCUCCUCGUCCCUCCGGGCCGGCCCGCGAGACUACAGCUCCCAGCAUGCCGUGCGGGGCACGCGCCGGCGUCCGGCGAUGGCAACGAGAGGCACUGGUGAGACCAAUACUGGAAUACUGCAUCCAGGUCUGGUGUCCACGUUUUAAAAAGGAUGCUGAAAAACUGGAGAGGGUGCAGAAAAAAGCCAGGAAAAAAAGCUUUGAGGUCUGGAGAAAAUGUCUUAUGUGCAAUAAUGCAGGUGUGCUGGCUAGUGAGGAAAGAUAAAUGCUGUCAGCGAAUCAAACUGCCACACUUAAAAACAGUAGUGAUAGGGCGUGGCCCAGAGACGGAGAUCACAGACAAGAAGUGUUCACGGCAACAGGUGCAGCUAAAAGCAGACUGUAAUAAAGGGUAUGUCAAGAUCAAACAGAUGGGCGUGAACCCAGCCAGUGUUGAUUUGGUGGAUAUUGGCAAGGAUGAAGAAGUGAAGCUGAAACCAGGACAGGUUCUACAUCUUGUGAAUAAACUUUACCCCUAUACUGUACAAUUCUUGGAAGUCACAGGGGUGUCUGACGCACUAGCAGAAGGGAAGACAAAAGCAAACAAGAGGCCAUACGUAGAUUCAGGGAAUAGUAACAUGGAAAACAUGUCUGAAAAAAGUAUGAAAAUGGAGCAACGAGACUUGCCAGAUGGUAGUUCAAGCUGCAAGCCAAACAAUACCAGUAAUUCUUCCUCCUCUCCCCAUGACAGCUCUUCCAGCCACAAGGAACAUUUAGGACAUUGGAGUCAAGGUCUGAAGAUCUCCAUGCAAGACCCAAAAAUGCAGGUUUACAAAGAUGAAAGGGUUGUAAUCAUUAAGGAUAAAUAUCCCAAAGCUCGUUACCACUGGCUAAUCUUACCCUGGGACUCCAUCUCCAGUCUAAAAUCCGUAACAAAAGAGCAUCUUGAAUUACUAGAACAUAUGCAUGCUGUUGGGGAAAAGCUGAUCCAACAAUGCCUGGAUAAAGAUAGCCUGGAGUUCAGAUUGGGUUAUCAUGCAAUUCCCAGCAUGAGUCACAUACAUCUCCAUGUAAUCAGCCAGGAUUUUGAUUCUCCUUGCCUUAAAAACAAAAAGCACUGGAAUUCUUUUACUACAGAAUACUUCUUAAACUCUCAAGAUGUGAUAGAGAUGGUAAAGACCAAAGGAAAAGUUCUGGUUAAAGAUGGGACCUCUGCGCUCCUCAAGUUGCCUCUCAGAUGUCACGUGUGCAAGCAACACCAGUCUACCAUCCCACAGUUAAAGGAACAUCUCAAGAAACAUUGGCCAGAAUAACUGUACAGAUCACUGUGUGAAAUCUGAUCCAUCUAAAGCUAAACACUUUUUGUCGAGUUGCAUAGAUUUUUGUUUUAGCUGAAUUACAGGUUUAACACUGGGAAGGUUCCUCGCUAGUACAAUCAGCAUACGACUGACACUUUUGUAACUUCUUUUUAGAAUACAAAUAAAGCAGCCUCAAGUUCA